AUGGACAUGCUUUUGGCUUACAUGAACGCGAUUCAAGCACUGUAUCAUCAUCCCAGUUUGCAACAACCCAUCGAUAUUGUUUUGAUCAAAAUGGAAAUAUUAAAAAGGCAACCCUCGGAUUUGCCGCACUACAACGGAGAAAGAUCACAACUUUUGGAUUCUUUUUGCGCUUACAAUCAAAAACACAAUCCGAAAGGAGACGAUAAUCCAAAUCAUUGGGACAUGGGCUUAUACGUUUCGGGGUUGGAUUUUUUCGCUUACGAAAAUGGUAAAAGAAGCGGAGUGACAAUGGGUUUGGCAACGGUCGGAGGAGUCUGCAUGGAAAAAUAUAAUUGCGUGAUUGCCGAGCUGGGAACAACGAACGUUUUCGGAAAACCGUAUCCGUCGGCUGGUUUCACUUCCGUUUACGUUUUAGCUCACGAAAUGGGUCACAACAUAGGUAUGCAUCACGACAGUACGCACAAUAAUUGUCCUAAAGAGGGUUACAUAAUGUCUCCGUCGAGAGGAACCAACGGUGAAACAUUAUGGUCGACUUGUAGUGCAGAAGUGGCAAAGUCUAUGGGAUGGGCAAAAUGUUUAGAAGAUUCACCUCCCAAGCCUCAAAAAGGUUUAGACCACGCAAAAUAUGAAAAUUUACCCGGAGUGUAUUGGGGAGCCAAAAGACAAUGCGAAGUCCUGUUAAGAGAUAAGGAUGCCGAAAUCCACAACACAGUAAGACUUGAGACGAUUUGUGAAAAUUUGCACUGUAAAACUCCCCACAGGUCAGGGUUUUAUUUUGCGGGGCCUGCUCUUGAAGGAACUACCUGUGGAGAAAAUAAGUGGUGCCAAGGGGGAAUUUGUGUGAACAAAAAGAAAAAACCUUCACUGAAUAUUGUCAAAGGAGGAUGGAGCGAUUGGAUAACCGUCAAACAAUGUUCUUCGCAAUGUUUAGAAAAAUCAAAAGGUCAUCAAUCCCAAAGGAGGACGUGCACCAAUCCCGCACCUGUUAAUACGGACGAAGGAUGCGAUGGGCCUGGAUUUGAAGUAAUGCUCUGUAAAGACGACCAGUUAUGUAAAUCUAAACGACAACCUAUAACAGAUUAUGCAGGUACAAAGUGUCUAGAAUUUAGCAAACUAUUACCCGAACUAGAUAAAUCAGCUUCUGGCCUUCAGGCAACAUAUGAAUCAGGUCGCCUAUGGAUGUCCUGUGCAAUUUUUUGCAAAAGAAAAAACACCAAUUCUUUUUACACACCGAGAAUGGAGUUAAACGAUUUAAACAUAGAUCCAUAUUUUCCAGAUGGUACCUGGUGCCACAAUGAUGGUCAAAUAAAUUAUUAUUGUGUACAGCAUCAUUGUUUACCAGAGAAUUUUAAAUUUACUAAAGGGAUUUUUACAAGCGAUGAUGUUUCUAUUCUUCAAAAUGCUCCACCUAAACAACUACCAAAAUCGGAUGAUGUUUUAAAAUAUUUUAGCAUUGACUCAAAUAAGAAACCAUUAUUAACAACUUUAAAACCUGAAAUCAAUGUACCUUCAAAUGAUGAUGAUUGGUUCGAUAAAGAUUAUUUAGAAUUGCCUAAUACCAAAAUAUAG